AUGGAAAGCGGCAGGCAUGUUGAGUAUGCCUGCUAUCAAGAUGAUGGUACCCCUCAGGGACGUGCAGUGAUCAAGUUACUGCAGCGGGAGGACCAAGCACAAGGUCUCCUAACGGCAGUCCAUGGGGAAGCAUCAGACGAAUACUACCAAUGGUAUGCAGACCAUGAGUUGGCCGCAGGAGCAGUGUACCACGUGUGCAGCUCCGGCCAUGCAGCUUGCCGAAGAAGGCUGGCGAGAGGAGAUCGCAGGCACCUGGUGCAUUUGGACCACUGGAGGCUCCUUAGUCCGGCGGUUAUGCUGGCGGUGGACUAUUUGAGACCGCUGGGAACGCGUCUGGGCAAGAAGCUGUUGGACAAUGCAGCUCAACAAAAAGCUGAGCAUCAGGUGCCAGACCCGCCGGUUGGCACAGGUUUGGAAGCUGCGGCAAAGGCAGCUGCGGCUCAAGCGGAAAAGGCUCUGAGAAAAGAGGAAAGAGAGGGCCGUGAACGCUCACCUCGCAGGGGCCGCAGUGAGAGGUCAGACAAAAAGAAGGAACGAGACAAAAAGAAGCAAGGCCAUGGCCGAAAGAGAAAGGCCCGUGGCCAUGCAGAGCGCAGUGAUGAGGAGGAUUCCACGGGGUCCAGCCGCAGCAGCGCCAGUUCGCAUUUUCGGACAACCUCAGCUCGGGGAGGGGACUUGUGGCGACUGGCGCAAAAGAAGCCCGGGCAUUUGGCGGUCAGAUCUCUAAACGAGAUGACCCGCUAUCUUGCGGAAAGGACCGAGUGGACAGAAGAGGAAGGAGCCUGGACCGGUCAGAAGGUCAUGGCCUACCUAAACCAGGUGGUUCUGGUGAACAAUCCUCCGGCCAAGAUCGGACUGCGCUCUCAUCGAGAGCUCGUGACGCUGGCCAUGGCACUCGACGCCAUACUGGGAGGUCAGCUGAAACAGAGCCUAGACCUCCUCAUGCAGAGGUUCAAGGCAGUAGAGGCGUCCUUCCAAGAAGGAGGGUGGUCGACCGCUCGCCAUCUGGAGAUCAUCCCGCCGGCGGCGGCGUCCCUGACGCGCGAGGACGAGCGCCACAUGGCGACACGCGCCGAGUUGCAGGCGACCAAGCUGAGAGAGAGCCUUGCCAAGUUGCAGAAGGAGGAGACGGGAAAGAGAGCUCGCACGAGUUCGGAAAAGGGAAAGGCGGGAAAGAAAACCCAGCAGACCCCGAGGCCAGACGACGACGAGAUCAGUAUCCCUGAAGUGAACAAGGUAGCAUCAAGUUUUCUCAGGCGUGAGGGACGGAUGCAGAAUUUGUUCCCACUGCCUCUGUGGUAUGACAACAGAGCUGCUUUGAAUGAGAUCCUCGAUGACGCUCAGGUCAAGGACAAACCGGGAGGAUGGAGAAGAAGAGGAGACACGAAGGCACAAGCGGCCAAGGCCCUAAGGGGAAUAGGCCUCCGAGCGUGGCAUGGCCUGGUUGUCGUCAUGCUGAACUACAUUUAUGGCGACCGAGCCAAAGGCAACAGGCCCACUCCUAGCGGGCAGGCCACAGCUCCGCAGGAGAAGGCCUUAGAGACCCUGUGGGAUUUGGUGCGUACCUUCAUGGAUCUGCCAGGAUUGCCCUCGGCCGAUCAUGGGGGCUUGGUAGACAUCCUUGCGGUGUUGCCGGAAGACCUCCAGUCAGUAGUCAAGCACCCCGAGAGGCUGGUGCUGGAAAACCCUGAAGGCGCGCCGCCUAGGCCCAAGGUGCACGCGUCGUCCCUGGAAUGGGGCAAGCUGGCCAGGGCUUUGUAUGAGAGGGGCAUUGUCAAGCCAGUGACAAGAUGUCCUACCCUGGGUGGCCAGUCUACGAACUAUUUCAUGAAGCAGAUCCAGGGAGACACAGGCCUUCUUACGGGAGCUGCCUCUUUCCAGCGGAUUGUGGUGGAGGACAAUCAUGAUCUUCUGGUGUCAGGCGAAGACCUGACAUCGGCCUUCUACCUUUUCAGAUUGCCCGAAGUGUGGGCUGAGUACAUGGUGAUUGAGAAGGAGAUCUCCUUCAAGGAUUUAGGGAUCGAAAAAGAAGGCACAACCAGGCUGGGAGUGACGGUGCUCCCUAUGGGAUGGUCUUCAGCAGUUGGCCUGAUGCAAGCUGCGCACCGGCAGAUCGCCCUCCGGAGCAAGGCUCUUGGGGGGGCGGGCCUUCACGAGCUGGCUGAAAUCUCCAGGGUAGCUGAGUUCCCUGACCUCAGUGAGAUGCCGGCAUGGAACAUAUACCUUGAUGACACCACCAUCAUUGAGCAGGUGGAACGUUGCGUUGCAAGUGAACUGGAAGGCAAACCUGCCGAGGAGCAAAAGCACCUGAGAGAGGCUUAUGCCUGGUGGGGAAUUCCCGUGAAUGCGGAGAAGGCCCUCCAGAGGGUAAAAGAAGCGGAGCGCCUUGGAGCGUUGAUUGAUGGACAGAAUGGGGUGCUCCGGACGAAGGCUAGGAGGAGCCUAGACCUAUUUGGGUUAGGUUCAUGGAUUCGUUCCCUGAAACGGGUCCCCAGGAAGGCCUUGCAGGUGUAUGCCGGAAAGGCUGUCCAUAUUCUUCAGUUCAGGCGGUGCCUUUUCUCGAUCAUGGACCUGAUUUUUGUCGAGAUUGCACGGGGGGCGGAAGAAGUGGUCCUGAGUGAAGGACUUCAGCAAGAGAUGAUUCUGCUGGAGAGUCUUCUCGACUUGAGAGCCAAGGUGGACCCAGUUGUCACCUGCAGUGACGCCUGUGAAACAGGAGGUGGCAUGUGUAUCUCGUCCAGGCUGAGUAGAGCUGGGCAGGAGGAGGCCAUGCGGUUGGCAGAUCAUGGAGUGGUACCAACGGAUGAUUGCCCUGAAGAUGGAAGACUGACGGGACAGAAGGUUCUGGUGGUCGACCUGUUUGCGGGCAUCGGUGGCCUUGCCGUGAGUUUAGAAAAGGCAGGAGUCCAGCCGAACCAUGUGGUGGCUGUUGAGAACAACCCGAGAUGUAGGAGUUUGAGCCGCCUGUCGAGCGGAAGAACACACCUGGAAGAUGAGAGGAGUGCGCUCUUCUAUGAAGCUGUCAGAAUCUUUGAGUUGGUGGAGGAUGUUGCGAAUGAGCUGAAUAUAUGGGUCUUGAAGUUUCUGGAGAAUGUGGUGGCGGACAAGGCUGAUGUGGAGGAAAUUUCGUCCGCCCUCCAGAUCAGGCCUGUGUUGAUUGAAUCCGGAGACAUCAGUCGAGUGAGAAGACCUCGCCUCUACUGGCUUUCUACUCCAGUGGCCGAGGAGGCAGGGCAGAGAGUCAGCCGAGGAGACAUGUAUGAUCGGAUUCAUCUUGAGGCCGAGGUAGAGCCACUUGUGGCUUUCCUCAAACCGGGAACGGAAUGGCCCGCUGGAGCAGCGGAAGAGGGGCUGAAAUUCCCUACCUUCACAAGGGCAAUACCUCGCAAGAGGCCGCCUCCCUCUCCCGCAGGGAUUGGAUCGGCUGACGAGCCAGCAAAAGAAAGGUGGGUGGAAGGCGCGUAUCGGUAUCCACCAUACACCUAUGCGGAGGCCUAUAUGGUGAAUGAAAACCAGCUCCUGAGGCCACUGAAUGCAAGUGAAAGGGAAGUUCUGAUGGGCUUCCCGAAAGGGUUCACUUUGGCCCUUGCAAAGAAAGCCCCUACGAGUGAGCAGGAGGUACAAGAGUUGGAGGAUGCGCGCUGUAGCGCUCUGGGAAACUCGUUUCACACAAACACAGUCGCCGCGCUGUUGGAUAUGGCAUUUUGCCAAAUGGGCCUCAAGAAGCUGAUUGGGGCAAAACAGAUAGUGAAGAGAUUCUUGGAAGGAUUGGUCCGCCCGCCAGAACCAGCGCAGACUGGGGGUCUGGUCUCAGACUCCGAGGGGGAGGAGAGACUUGACCGGGAUGACACCUGCAGCGUAGCUGGUGAAGCGCUGAUGAGCAACAUGGAGCUGGCCUCCGAGAGGUUCAAGACCGAUGAGGAACUGCUCCAGGCGGACCGAAGGUUGAGUGCCAAAUUGGUGUCAGCUUUCAUCCGGCGUCAAGAAUACAGAGGCUCGGAUGUGCGCCUCGAUUUGGGCAGUUUGUAUCGCCCAGAAUCCUUCCCAAGAGGCAGCAUUGACACAGGCCGUUGGCUGUGGCAUGCCGCCCAGGCAUAUGCGUUUGAAAGAGCUGAGCAUAUCAAUGUCCUGGAGCUCAGAGCACUGAUCCAGACCUUUGAGUGGAGGCUGAGAUCCAGCAACUUUUCCCGCCGCCGGGCGCUACAUUUGACAGAUAGCAUGGUUGCUCUGUCGGUGUGCGUCAAAGGCCGGUCCAGUGCAAGGGUGCUAAAUCGACUCUUGAAGCGGUUUGCCGCACUACAGAUUGCCGGGGGAAUCUACCCCGUGCUAGGCUGGGGCCGUGGGAAAGUUGCGACAUCAGGUUUUGAGUUCAAAAAGCGAGGAACGCUAUGCCGUUUGCUUCAGAGCAUUUUGCUCUUUCCAUCAACUGACGCCCAGUUUCACAUUGCCAGAAUUCGAAGAAUUUGA